AACGAGCCACCGUACCUUAAUGUAGGUACAGAUGUUAGUGCUAAAUAUAAAGGAGCAUUUUGUGAAGCCAAAGUUAAGAAAGUUAAUCGUUCUGUUAAAGUUAAAGUUAUUUUAAAGGAGUGUCAUAGUUCUAUUAUUGUUACUGAUGAUAAUGUUAAGGGUCAGCUACAAGUAGGUAAUAGUGUGGAGGUGAAACAGCCUAGUAAUGGUCAGGUGGUAGAGGGUGUUAUUAAUAAAUUAACUGAUUCCAGCACUUAUACUGUUGUGUUUGAUGAUGGUGAUGAGGCCACUUUAAGAAGAAGUCAGUUGUGUUUAAAGGGGGAUAAACAUUUUACAGAGAGUGAGACAUUAGAUAAUUUACCCUUGUCUCAUCCUGAACAUUUUGGUACCCCUGUUUUACAGAAGAAAAAUAAAAAAGCUGUUAAUCAAGGAAAUGAAAGUGAAUCAGAAGAAGAGAGUGAUUCUGAUGAAAGUUUACCCAAACGCCAGACAUAUAAACUGAGCAGACAUCAAGAGUUGGUGGGGAAAGUCAUGAUGUAUGAGAAUACUGAAAGACGUAAGGGGACACCACUCUCUGUGCCUGUGAUAAUUGUAAUGCCUGAUGCCCAUGAUACUGAUCUACGUACUAAAGAUCACUUACUAGUUAGAUCUUUUAAAGAUAGCAAAUAUUUUUCUGUAUUAAAGAAAGAAUUAAAAGAAUUCAAUCGUGAUACAGCUGUCAAGUCAGAGAUUCCUGCUUUAAAGAGUGCUAUGGAGAAGGCGUUAAGUUAUUUUGAUAAUAAUGACCUACCUACAUCAUGGAAGAGAGAAGAUUUAUUGGGAUCAGAUGAUGAAAAUGAAGAAGAAGAGUCGUCUGAUGAUGAACAAAAUGAAGAAAAAGACAGAUUUGUAGCUCAACUUUAUAAAUUUAUGGAUGAUAGAGGAACACCUAUUAAUAAAGGACCAUCAGUUGGUGUUUAUGAUUUAAACCUGUACAGAUUGUUUAAAAUUGUUCAGAAUCUAGGUGGUUAUAACAAGGUGACAAAUCAUGAUAAAUGGAGAGUUGUUUAUAAUAAAAUGGGUUUACCAUCUUCUAACUCAGCAUCCAGUCAGAUGAAAAACGCUUAUAAAAAGUAA